CCGCGUUGUUUUACACCGCUAGUCUAAGUUAGAUUAAUUACAAAAAUGAAGUCACUAAUAUUUAUUGUUUUAAUAGUGUAUUCUUCCAAAGCCGAAGUGUUAUCAAGUAUACCAGGGCACUUGGUGGAUUGCUACCGCAGUGGCGGCCCUCUGCUGAACUCUCCGCGCCGUCUCGACGUGUUCCUGUCUCUUGUGAGGAAAUUAGAACAUUCCGCAAAACUUGAUAUGAGAUUGUUCAGCACUUCGUUAUUGAGAAGGUUUCGAUUAGAUGGUAUAGAGCAAGCCAGUAAUCCCAUUGAAACGGAGUUUGUGCUGCCAUACCGAGCGUCUGCCUUCCAAUUCCACAAAUACAAGCUGCUCAUGGAUCUAUUUCUACCUAGUCAGAAUCUUCUAGAGAUGGAUGAGAGUCUUACAUUAGUGGAAAGAUGUUUGCUGCACAAGUUGUUGAGUUCUACGGUGCAGCCUUGGGAGAGAGGAGACGAGAACCUCACGUGCCCACUGUCUGCGCAACAGAGGGAAAAUAUGUCGACGGAUAGCUCUGGCAGAAUUCACAGCCGCUGUCCGAUAGAAGACGGGGUAAUUCAAACUGACUGGGGGCCAGUGGCUGUGGGUACAAUCAUAGCCGCAAUUGCUGCGUCUUUGGAGUCGCAACGAGUAUCAUUAACUGAUAUAUUUAGCGCUAACAUUUAUAAAUCGGAAGUAUCACAGCCGAUGAUCGAUCGAGCCUUGGCGGACUGGGAAAAGCAAGUUGAAAAUCCCAAUGAUAAUAAUAAUAUUGCCAAUUUCGAAAUGCUGGCAUCAGCAACAGAUGAACUAAAUAUUAGCAAUAUAUUAGUGGCAACUAUCGUCGGAGAUUUAGCAGAAGUAGUCGUAAACCAGGGGCCUCGUGUAGGAGCGUCCGCGCAGCUUAUGACAGUGGGCAGCAACAACCGGUGGAACGACACGCUCCUGCCGCGCGACUUUUACCUGCUGCCGCAAAAUAGCAACGACUGGCAGUUUACUGACGCUGAAAUUUUAGCAGGCGUCGACGGAUUAAUUCUAGCCAGUUAUGUACCUUCAUGGAUAGAAUUGCGACGUUCGUUUAGGUUAUCCCAAGUAUUAGACAGUUACUACUCGAACGACGGCGUGUCUUUCGGGCCGGAAGUGCGCGCUUGCAAUCGACUUGCACUGUACAACAGGGUGUUAAAUAAUACGAUACUGGCCUCAGAGACCCUAAGGUUCGCGCAGGUCUUGUCUCUUACGCAGAAUACUGUGUACAUACCAUUAGAAGAAAUGCAAAGGAUGAGCGAUGCAGCCGUGACUGCGUUUAUAGAGUAUGUUCCGUCAGUAUUAAGGAAAUAUCAACGCAACUGCGUGUCAGUCGACAGCGUGCCCGUGGUGGACCUUAUAGUGGCUACAGACAGCUCCUGGCGAGAAUAUGAUGUUGAACAAUUCCUAUCUUGGAUGAGUGGUGCGCUGGAGUUGGACGCGUCACGGAGCACGCUGGGUGUGGUGCACGGUAACACUGGCCGCUGGGUGGCGCCGCCUGCCCACAACAUCACCGCUCUCUUCACACACAUUGCUAACUAUACUGACCCAUGGCCCAAUCGUCUAAAUGUACCGAACGUAUUAACAACUGUGAAUCAACAUUUGCGAAAUCAAACUCUACAAGAUAUAAACGCCAAAGCUAGCGCUGGGCGUAGUACUGUGAUUCUAAUACUGAGUCCCACGGACCAGCCCUCCGGUAAUGAAAUAGAACGUUCUAGAACUAUAAUGCAUUCCAUCAGAUCUUCCUUUUUCGAUGCGUAUUUCGCCUACGCCGCCCAAGACUUGACCAAUUUCCAGAACAUCAACAAUGAAUAUUUGGAUUAUUCGGAAAUGUUUAUUACGUUACCCUCGACAUGCGUACAAGAUGUUGCUUCUGCCAUUAAUACUUUUAUGAUCAAAAAUGAUAUCCCGAAGAGGAUAUUUGGUGCUGCAUGUCCGAGUAAUGGCACGACUUUUUAUCAAAUUGAGUAUGAAGACUCAGUCAUGGCAAAAACGAAGCGAGGAUAUCGAAUUCAUCCGUUUUACUUGAGACAACAACCACUUAUAAGAGUACAGUUUCGCAACUCAAACUAUGGGACGAUAUUGGUGUGCAUGUUCCGAGGCGCGGAGGCGACACAAAGCUGUCAAUUGAUUGGUGAACGUAAUAUACACACAUUUAACCUCACCGCUCCCUGCCCUUCACCGGACUUCUGCCCGCCUGCACAUUUUGUUGUAACUGCAACAACCACAUUGAAUGCUUGUGCGCAUGCGGACUGCCGUACCCCAAAUCAAGUGGAUUACUACAUCCAACAUUCAGGUCUCCGCUGUCUGCCUCUACUUGGGUCUGGCGCGGCGCCCUCGAACCAUUGGAAGGUUAAUUUAGGACUUUCUCUCGUUAUAUUAAUAUUGUAUUUGAAUUAAAUGCAAUUAUAAUAAAAAAUUAAUCUGCCUUAUAGUUGUUUACA